UUUUCCUCACAACUCAUAUUUUCUUUGCCUCUCUCAUUUGAGGCAUUAUUAAUUCAAUUAACACUAGGAUUUUUUCUCCAUACUCAUCACUUUCUCAAGAAAAAAAUGGCUCUUUUGGGUCUUCUCUUGGUUGGAUUAGUUCUCUCUCUAGGAUCUACUGUCUAUGCAUCAAAUGAUGGUUGGAUUGAUGCUCAUGCUACCUUCUAUGGAGGGGGUGAUGCCUCUGGCACAAUGGGUGGAGCAUGUGGAUAUGGGAACUUGUAUAGCCAAGGGUAUGGGACUAACACAGCUGCUUUAAGCACUGCUUUGUUCAAUAGUGGAUUAAGUUGUGGAGCAUGUUUUGAGAUUAAGUGUGUUAAUGAUCAAAGAUGGUGUCUUCCAAACUCAAUUGUUGUCACCGCAACAAAUUUUUGUCCACCAAACAACGCACUUCCAAAUAAUGCAGGUGGGUGGUGUAACCCUCCGCUUCACCAUUUUGAUCUCUCUCAACCUAUCUUUCAACAAAUUGCUCAAUACAAAGCUGGAAUUGUUCCAGUUGCAUACAAAAGGGUCCCUUGCCAAAAGAAAGGAGGCAUAAGAUUCACAAUCAAUGGUCAUUCAUACUUUAACCUAGUACUAAUUACCAACGUUGGAGGUGCUGGUGAUGUUACUGCUGUUUCAAUCAAAGGUUCAAAAACUAAUUGGCAACCAAUGUCCAGGAAUUGGGGUCAAAAUUGGCAAAGCAACUCUCACCUUGACGGACAAAGUCUCUCCUUCAAGGUCACUUCUAGCGAUGGUCGGACUGUGGUCGCUAAUAAUGUUGCACCCGCUGGAUGGUCCUUUGGUCAGACCUUCACCGGUAUUCAGUUCUAAUUGGAUCUGGUACAUUAGUGCUGAUACAAUUAGUUAGAAUAUUAUAAAACCAUUAAUAUUUUUGUUAUUGGGUAUGUUGGCUAGUUAAAAUUAAGGAAUUAUUCUAUAUUUGUUAUACUUAGUAGUAGUAUGAUACAAUAUAUAAUAUAAUAGAAAAAUAUCAAAAAUAAUUUUGAUAUAUAGGAAUGAGUUUUAGAGGCAAAUGAAAAGGGCUUAUUUUAAAAUGGUCCUGUCAUUUGGGUUAUGGUAUGAGGCAAUAUAUGUUAUGCUCUCAAUUAGAAGGCAGAGGUGGAUGUUUGUUUACAAUUUACCACCCGCCAGAGUCUUUUAUUUUAUUGUAUGGUUUGUAUUAUGUAUCAACCCCAUAUUAAAAAUAAAGAGAUUAAAAUAAAUUGCUUAAUUUUAUUUUUAA